AUGCUGUCUUACCUCCCAUUUGCUCCUCAUUUGCCCCAAUGUGAGGUUGUUCUUGACAAGGGAACCUCCUCCGGCCGCCGCCACCGCCGCCGCGGGACCGCCGCCGCUCGCUUUCCCUCGAGCCCGGCCCCUCCCCCGCCAGCGGCGCCGCCGCCCCGCCGCGCGCUCGAUCUCUACGAUUCCGACGACGACCUGACGCUGCCCGUCCGCGAUCCGGCCGCCGCCGACGAUCGGAUCGAGGAUCUCCUGGACGUCGACUUCGCUUCCGAUCCCGACUCCGGCAAUCGGCUCCGGAAGCUCGGCGGCGGGGGCGGUUGCGGCGUGGAUCUGUUCGUCGAGGAUCCGCAGCUCGCGGGCGGGGCGGAUUCGGCGUCGGAGGAGGUAAACGGGUUGGAUUUUGGGGUGAUCGAUGCGAAUGACAACGUUUGUAUGGAUAAUGUGGAUGUAGAUUUGCGGAUCGGGUUAGGGCUUGGCGCGGGUGGGGACGAGGAUGUUGGAUUUGUGGACGAGGAUUGUUGUGAAGAUGAGUUUUUUAUGGAGACCGGGGCUUCCGGGUUCGAUUCCUGCGAAGCCGGGUUGACGGUUUGCGAAAUGGAGCAGUGCUGGAGCGGUGUUCGUGAUGUCGAGUUCGAUUCCGAUUUGGAGUUGGCGGAAGCAUUGGGGGUUUGUGGAGGUUCAGAGGAUGAAUUGAGUUUGGAUCACGGGAUUGAUGAGGAUGACUAUUUCUGUGGCGUUCCUUUGUGUUGGGGUGAACCCCUUCCAGUGGAAGCCGAUGGCGGGGAGGUCAAGGAUCUCGAUUUGGAGUGGGAGGAAGUUGAGAGUUGUGUCGAUGAUAGAGAGGUGUUGAGCUUAUUUGUUGAUCCUCUCAAUGAUGAUGGAUCCAUUUCUGUAUCUUCUACACCUAUCAUUGCAGAUGAAGGUGAAGAAGACGCGAGUGUCGAAGUGGUUGGAGAUUUUGGGAACUUGGAAUGGGAGGUUUUGUUGAAUUCAGAUAAUUUAGUGGCAACGGCAGGAUUGAAUCAUGAGCUGGAAACUUACUUUGAUGAUGAUGAUGAUUACUUAUAUUCUGCAGAAUACGAGACCAUGUUUGGUCAGUUUACUGAGAAUGAGAGUUCUUUGGUGGGAGGGUCCCCGGCUUCUGAAGCAGUGAUCCGGAAUCUACCGAAGUUGGCUUUGACUCAAGAGGAUGUGGAUGGAAAGGAUGGGCUUUGUCCGGUCUGCAAGGAUGAAUUUUCGGCCAGGGACAUUGCAACGCAGCUGCCUUGCAGCCACGAAUACCACACCGAUUGUAUUUUGAUGUGGCUGCGCGUGAAGAAUACAUGUCCUGUGUGUCGUCAUGAAUUACCUGCUGAUGGUGCAGUAUCAUGAGCAGGGAAGGACCGGGAGAGCACGGAUUGGCCUCUACUCAUGAGUCAGGGCCAACAUUGUUUUGUACAAGUCUGGACUGAGUAUUAAGUUGUGUAAAAAUGUAGAUAGUGGCACAUCAGAGACCCUCUUAUCUUGUACUUGUAGCAAGGAUGAUUGAGUUCUGCAGAAGUUCAACAUUUUUUGGUAAGGGCAAAAGGGCAUUUUAUACCUCAAGAACCCGAAUUGUUAACUGUUGGGAGAAUAAAACUUGAUGUAAUGGUAGGUUUUCUUCAGACAACUCUGCGUAGUCUAUGUUGUCUCUGAGUCUUCGCCACUGCUUUUUUCGGCUGGUGGUCUUGAAGGGCAAUGGCUUAUGAAGUUCUGCAUUCCCCCUCGUGUGUGUGAAUAUGGCAUGAUGAAGGAAUGCGCAAUCAGUGAGCCAACCCCAAAGAUUUAAAAGGGAGCUUUCCACGAAACUAUGAAGCACUUCCGUUUGGGCAGGCGCAAGAGAUAAGGUCUCCGUGGUCUUCUUAAUCAACCGACUCAGAUGCUAAAGCUGAUAAGGUGUUUGAUGAUAGUCUUCAAGUCAAUUCCGGACGGUCGAUGAGGAAAUUUCUCCCUACAUGUGAUAUAAAUAUGCGUCCGGGCAGUAGGUCUGUGGCUCAGGAGCUACCCUAACGACAGAGCAUCAUCAUAACAUGAAAUGCGGAAGUUGGACAUCCAAUUUCCUCACCUUGCUCGACACAACAUGCAACCUCACCCAUCCCACUUUUCCCAAUCUCUCAGCAAUAACAUCCUCCCGACCACAGCUGCCGCAGUCGCAACUGCCGGUGCCAUCCUCUCUAGACCUCGAGAUGGGUAGGAGGGCAGACGACACUCUGCAUACUGUGCUGGACGCGAAGCAUGGCCUGGCCUGGGAGAAGAUCGUCGUCUCAUUUUGCUUGGCAUCGGCCUCGGAACUAGCCGUGGCAUCGAUCCAGGAGAGACAUCACUUUCCUCCAAUGUAUUGUUUAUACUCAGCAGCGGUCAUAUUAGCCUUUACUUUGCUCUUUGUAAGCAAAUACAUCAGUAGCAAUGCCAAGUACCUGACGUUAUCCCA